UACGUAUAUAAUAGGAGCCGUCAGGUCCGGUUGCUCAGUUAACUUGGCAUCAGCACUAAAACGUAGCUUCAACCAUGAGGACUCUGAUCUUCCUUUCAGUGCUGACAGCGACUGCGGUGGCAUCGUCUCUCAGGACAUUGUGCCUAAAUCCAGAACUUGACGGCACCUUCACCAAUAAGCUAUUCAAUGGCACCUGGUAUGAGAUUGGCAAGUACCAGACGAAAGGAGGGGCAUUCUUCCAGCAAGGUUGCAUGUGCGAUUUGACUCAGGUGACGCUAGAAGACCCUGUCGUCGGGAAUGGGACAGUAACAUACACUUGUAGAAUGGACAGUCUUGACGGGGACGAGGUGUCAGCAACAGCCCGCUUGAUAUACGACGGGACUCCCGGUCACUUCCUGCAAGACUACUCGUAUCCUUUCUCUCCCGCUCUCAACUAUAAUGUGGUCUACUUGGAUGAGGAUUCUGCAAUCGAGUAUGACUGCGGGAAAUUACUUUACGAUAACAACUACUGCGUUCACUUCAUGUCGCGGCAGCCCACGAUGGCGCCGGAAAAGCUUCAGGCACUGAAGGAUUUAGUGGAUACAAUGGGCUUGAACACGGACGGGCUGGAGUACAAAGCUACAGUGCAAGAGGGAUGCUGGUAAAACUGUGUAUAUAAUCGUGUUUGACUGCGUGUGUGUUGUUUUUUAUGGGACAAUUAUAUAUUUAUUGAGCAC